AUGGUCUCUCGGUCCGCCGAAGGGAACGAGGGGCUGAGUCGCCCUCUCACCCCCUCCUCCAGAACGCCCGGAACCCCGAUAAAGCCGCGAUUAACACGAGUGGGAACAAGUCCGUCGAAGCAAGAGAAACCCAAGGAUGAUAAAGUGAAGUCGUCGGCGAAAGACGUUGCGGAGCUUAAGGACUACCAAUUGGGUGACUGUCUAGGCAAAGGUGCUUUUGGUUCGGUGUACCGCGCACUGAAUUGGAACACUGGGGAGACCGUCGCUGUCAAGCAAAUCAAGUUGACCGACCUGCCCAAGAGCGAGUUGCGCGUUAUCAUGCUUGAAAUUGACCUUUUAAAAAAUCUGGAUCAUCCCAAUAUCGUCAAGUACCAUGGCUUCGUGAAGUCUGCCGAAACCCUAAACAUCAUCUUGGAGUAUUGCGAAAAUGGUUCCUUGCACUCCAUUGCAAAGAACUUUGGUCGUUUCCCAGAGAACCUCGUUGGUCUCUAUAUGUCCCAGGUUCUUCAUGGUCUACUGUACCUGCACGAACAGGGUGUCAUUCACCGAGAUAUCAAGGGUGCCAAUAUCUUGACCACAAAAGAGGGUCUCGUCAAGCUUGCAGAUUUCGGUGUGGCGAGUCGUACCACGGGUUUGAGUGAAUCAAGUGUGGUUGGCACGCCAUAUUGGAUGGCCCCUGAGGUUAUUGAACUUUCCGGUGCAACAACGGCUUCAGAUAUUUGGAGUCUGGGAUGUACCGUCAUCGAGCUCCUCGAGGGGAAGCCACCUUAUCAUAACAUGCAGCCCAUGCCAGCACUGUUUCGUAUCGUGAACGAUGACCACCCUCCCUUUUCGCAGGGUGCCUCACCGGCUGUGAAAGAUUUCCUUAUGCAAUGCUUCCAAAAGGAUCCUAACCUUCGUGUUUCGGCACGAAAGCUCCUCAAACAUCCAUGGAUUGUCAAUGCCCGCAGAUCAGAUUCAGUUGUCCCCAAGAAGUCGACAGAAUAUGAAGAGGCUGUCAAGAGUGUCCAGGAAUGGAACGAAGCUUUGAGGUCACCCGAAACGGGGACUUCAAGAAGGGCACAGAAGCCCGACUACCAUAACCCCGCCGCCAUUCCAUCUUCUCGGAACACUCCAUUGGUAGAUACUCUACCAUCGCCAACUUCCAUCAAGACCACGGAUAGGUUUCGCUCGUCAGAGUCCGCAGAGGACGACAAUUGGGACGAUGACUUCGCUACGGCGAUCUCUCCCAGUGCACUAAAGUUGCCGCAUCUACGCCCACAUGAUAACUUUGGGGGCAUGCUCUCUUCUGAGAGACUGAAAGCAUUUGCUUCUCUUGAUGGGACGAUACUUAAAUCUGAUGACAGCUUUGAGGAGGAAAAUUCGGGAUUCUCGGACAAUGAUGCCCUCCAAACUAUUCGACCAUAUCCAACCAAGCCAGCUGCGUCUGAGCCUUUGAAAUCCCCAAGUCCUACGCGCCGCCAACCUUCCAAUCCUCCUGUUUCUGCUUUGCAAAAUGUCCCUAUCCUCACUCAAAACCCCAUGCCCAGACGGGCUCGUCCGGCUGCCCUCUAUAAGGAGAACUCUGUCGAGGACUAUAGCGAUCUUAUCAUGGCAAAUGAGGAUGUGCUAGAUCGGAAGUUGGGAGGCUACCAGGACUUUGAGGAUGAUCCAUCUUCUCCUAUUCAUGAAAAUGUUGGAUACAAUCCUCCUGAUGAUGAGUUUAGUGGCGCACACCCCCAGCUCCGGAAACAACUCUCCGUGAAGCGAGACCGCUCCACUAUCGAGAUCCAGCGGUUUGCGGAGAACGAAACUGAUGAAGAUUUCUCGGAUAUUCUUGGAGCCGAUCAAGCGGCUCUAGAUAUUGCCGAAAGCGACGAUGGCUCUGACCAAAGCAGUACAUUGAUGCUCAACUCUAAGCUGUCCAACAAUUCAUGGCUUGGCGACCAAGAUGACGAUGAUGACCCAUUCGCGCAGUUGGAAGAAGGAUUCGAUGAGAUGGAUCUGGAGGCUAACAUUGCCCGUGAUAAAUACGCUCGUCUCCGCAACCAAGUUGAGGGCCUCGUGGGUUCUCUCAAAACAUCUCAGGAUGAAGAGGUUCUCGCCGAGAUUUCCGAGCAACUGUUCAACAUCUUCUGUGACCUCCCAGAAACGAAGAACAUCAUCAUUAGUGCCCACGGAAUGUUGCCUAUUCUUGAGAUUCUUGACACUACUCGUCGACGUGAUAUUGUCUUUUGUUUGCUAAGGGUCGUUAAUGCAAUCAUUUAUGACGAUUACGAGAUCCAGGAAAACCUAUGCUUCGUCGGUGGUAUUCCUAUCAUCAACGAGUUCGCAGCUAAGAAAUAUCCUCGGGAAAUUCGACUCGAAGCUGCAGCUUUCGUGCAGCAGAUGUACCAGACUUCGACCCUGACGCUACAAAUGUUUGUCAGUGCUGGAGGUCUGAAUGUCCUGGUGGAGUUCCUGGAAGAUGAUUACGAAGAUGAACGCGAACUGGUGUUGAUUGGUGUGAACGGCAUCUGGAGUGUCUUCGAAUUACAAGGGUCGACUCCCAAAAACGAUUUCUGUCGUAUCCUCUCUCGAAACUCGGUCCUUGAUCCCUUGUCUCUAGUUUUGAGUCGUGUUCUUGAUGAAGACGGGGAAUUGGCAGAGGUCAUUGAAGGUCGCAUCGCCAAUAUCUUCUUCAUUUUCUCGCAGGCCGAGAAUCAUGUAAAGGAAAUGGUGGCUGAGCGAACAGUUCUGCACAGAGUCUUGAAAGAGCUCAGACGAAUGAGCCCCGUUCACCAGAUCACGAUGUUGAAGUUCAUCAAAAAUCUGUCAAUGCUUUCGACUACACUGGAUUCACUUCAAAACUCCAAUGCCAUCGAUGUCUUGACCGAUUUGCUUCGAUUCAACCUGAAACGGGCCCAUUUCCGCGAGGUGUCGAAUCAGAUUCUGAAUACGAUCUACAACAUGUGUCGCCUGAACAAGUCUCGACAGGAAGAUGCGGCAUUGAACGGCAUUGUGCCGCUUUUGCAAAAGAUUGUCAUGACAGAACGACCAUUGAAAGAAUUUGCUUUGCCAAUCCUCUGUGACAUGGCACAGUCUGGAAAGGUUGGUCGUCGGGAAUUGUGGCGUAACAAAGGUCUGGCCUUCUACAUCACUCUUCUCGCAGAUCCGUAUUGGCAAGUCACUGCCUUGGAUGCUAUUUUCACCUGGCUUCAAGAAGAGACCGCCAAGGUUGAAGAGCACCUUCUGGCUAAUCGCUUUGACAAGGCGGCAUCCUUUACUGAUGCUAUUGUUCGGUGCUUGACGCUUUCCAAGGCCAACGCAUUCGAGAACAUCCUCGACCCUCUACAAAAACUUCUCCGUCUAAGUCCCCCGGUUGCAUCUACUUUUGCGCGGCCCGAUCUCUUCACAAGACUGAGACAAAAGCUGCACCACAACAAGGCUGCAGUUCGACUGAAUCUUCUGCGUAUACUGUCUAGUAUCUGUGAUUCAAGUGAGCAGCAAGGCGGUCUGCUCGCUACUUACGGUCUUCUGGAUGCCAUUCGAGAAAUGGAGAAUGAUCCAGCUAUUCUUGUUCGAGAUAUGGCAGGCAAGCUCGUACAGUCAAGCGAAGCGUUCAGUCUCAGCAAACGAAGACCCGCAAACCGACGACAAAGCACAUCUACCACCCCACCCAUUGUGUUCUCCGGUUCUUCUACCCCAUCCACACCCUCAUCGAAUCGCACCGGUCAACCACGAGGAUACCUGGAAGGGCGAGAGACACCCCGUCACCCCAGGAAUUCUCUCAGUGUUUCUUCUCUAGCCAUGAGACCUGGCAGCCGGGAUGGCAAUAACCCCGCCCUCGGAUCUUCUGCAAAUGGAAGUGCCGCCGCUUUAGCCAGACCUCGAUCUGCACGACCACUUUCUAACAGAAUGUCUCACGUUGACGUGCUGCGCGAGGAAGACAACAAAACCCCGAGCUCCUUGAAUCGACGACCUUCGGUCCUUCCUCGUCGUCGCCGCCCAACACUUGCUGAUUCCGAGUGGACGUGA